UUUGAUUCAUAAGCUCGCAUUACUUUUACGCUAUUUUUAUAAUAAAUUUGAAAUUGUAUUAUAUUUUAUAGGACUUGUUGUAAUAAAAAUAUUCUUUCUUCAUUUUUCGUUCAGAGGAAUGGGCUAAAGAAAAAGAAGUUCCCCAGUCUUUUUACGAUAUACUGAUGAAACCUAUUUUGUCUGUUACCCUUAAUCGACGCGAUAUCUUCUGCGCAGCCGAGAUGCUCACGUACAACCAGAUCUAUUUUUUAAGUGACGCAACCGCUGAUCAUCGAUUGAUUUGUACCAAAAACUUUGGUGACGCUGUGAUUGGACCAUGGGUUGAACGAUUACUCUCUUAUGGUGUCAGCAUACGUUUAACUUCAGAGGUAGAAAGUUUGGUUUUCAACGAGGACGGGAGCAGGAUAGUUUCAACGAAUAUAAAUCCAGAAGAAAAUUUUGAUCAUGUUGUAAUGGCUGCCAGUUUAAAUGGUGUUCAGAGCAUAUUUCGUACUACCGCAAGCAAAUACCACGAUAAUAACCAGAUAACACAGAAAAUGGACUGUUUGCUACGGAAAGUUGGUAAACUGCCAAUGGCUCCAAUGUAUAAAGUACUGCGAGUGUGGUUCGACAAACAAUUGCAAAACAAACCAGAGAUUUUAGAAACUCCACACCACCACCCAAUUAAUCUGGUUGUACAGUAUCAUUUACUAGAAGCAAUCAUUGCUGAAUGGGCAAAUCGGACUGGUGGAUCUGUCUUAGAGUUUCAUUUAUACACUUGGAGUUAUGGUGACAUUAAUGACGAUGAAGUUUGGGAUUUAAUACGACCAACAGUAAAAGAAAUUUAUCCUGAUAUAAUAGAACAAGAUUUUAAAGUUUUAGCAUACCAUGUGCAAACAGCGGAAGACUUUCCUUCUUUCGAAAUAAACACACAUCAAUUUCGACCAACUGCCACUUAUCCGAAUGAGUGCGAACUGCCAAAUCUGUCACUAGCAGGAGACUGGCUUACCACUGAAUUCCCUUCGGCGUUGAUGGAACGGGCCGUUUCCACGGGAAGGCAAGCUGCGAACCACAUUUUAUUAUCCGAGGGUGUUCGACAAGCUAAUAUUGUAUCUAUCAAUUUAGAUGGACCAGGGAUUAUAUAAUGUAUGUUGUCUAAUAAAAUAAAGAUUUUAUUGUGUUUU